UCAGCUAGUCGUAUGCGAAGUCGAAUGCGUAUCGUAAUGUGAGCCGUGAGUUCAAGGUCAAUUAUAAAUUUUUAAAAAAAUUCUUAAAUAGGUCGAAUGAGAUUAUUUAAAUAGAACCUAUGCAUUUCGCCGCUAAAUUGAGAAAUAGUUUAGUUUAAAAUUAACACUUAAGCAUCGUGUAACACAAGUUUGAUAGUGUUUUUCAUAGACAUAAGGCGAAUCCAUCGAUUGUUUGAUUUUUUCGAAGGAAAAUUUGGCAAAUAAAAAAGAAAAUAAUUAGUAUGGAUAGUUUCUGGAUUCAAGGUGCAAUAGGAGCGAUUCACGUGAUAUCGUUUGUUUAUGAUAUUGUAACAUUACCUGUUUAUCUCGUCUUACAAAGACCAUGGAAACGAAGACAGGAUGCCAGGAGAGUAAAGGCAAAAAUAGUGAAAAAAGAUGAAGCACAAGUUACCUACAGGACAAUCGAACCACCACGUGAAGUGCAUGUUAAAAUGUUGCAAGCCAACAUAAGUACACUUGAAAAUAUGUUCAAUUAUGUUGCAAAAACUCAUUCGACAAAACGUUGUCUUGGAACUCGCCAAAUUCUAAGUGAAGAAGAUGAAGUUCAACCAAACGGCAGGGUGUUCAAAAAAUAUAACAUGGGCGAUUACAAAUGGAAGAAUUUUAUUGAAGUCGAACGCUUAGCAUCGUCAUUUGGACGUGGACUUCGAGAAUAUGGCCAAAAUCCUGGUACUAAUAUUGUUAUAUUUGCCGAAACAAGAGCUGAAUGGAUGAUUGCCGCGCAUGGAUGCUUUAAGCAGAAUAUGAGAAUUGUAACCGUUUAUGCGACUCUUGGCGAUGAAGGCGUUGCCCAUUGUAUAAAUGAAACCGAAGUCACUGCGGUGAUUACUACUCAUGAUUUGCUACCCAAAUUCAAAUCGCUGUUAGACAAAACACCAAAUAUCAAAACUAUUAUUUACAUGGAUGAUCAAUUGCGUAAAACAGAAACCAGCGGAUUUAAAGAAGAUGUAACGCUUAUUCCUUUCUCUCAAGUAAUUCGUAGUGGAGCUGAUAGUAAAUUUGAGGGAGUUCCACCAGUCGCCAGUGACAUUGCUAUUAUAAUGUAUACUUCUGGAUCAACGGGUACACCCAAAGGCGUUUUACUGUCUCAUAACAAUUUAAUUGCAACAAUGAAAGGAUUUUGCGAUGUUGUGCCAAUAUAUCCCGAUGACGUUCUCUUAGGAUUCCUACCACUUGCUCAUGUUUUUGAACUUCUUGCCGAAAGUGUCUGCCUUUUAACCGGAGUUCCUAUUGGCUACUCAACACCUUUGACACUAAUCGAUACCAGCAGUAAAAUAAGGAAGGGUUGUAAAGGUGAUGCAACUGUCCUGAAACCCACGUGCAUGACCACAGUACCGCUUAUUUUGGAUCGUAUAACUAAAGGAAUCAACGACAAAGUAAAUGCCGGAUCACCGUUCCAAAAAGCUCUGUUUAACUUCUGUUACAAUUACAAAGUGAAAUGGUGUGCACAAGGAUAUCAAACACCAGUUAUUGAUAAGUUAGUUUUUAAAAAAGUGGCUAAGCUAAUGGGAGGAAAAGUACGAAUAAUGAUGUCUGGUGGUGCUCCACUUGCUCCUGAUACCCAUGAACAGAUAAAAGUCUGUCUUUGCGUGGACCUAGUUCAAGGAUAUGGUUUAACCGAAACAACUUCUGGAGCAACAGUAAUGGAUUAUCGAGAUAUGUCGUAUGGUCGUGUUGGAGCACCACUUACAAUGUGUGACAUUCGUUUGGUUAAUUGGGAAGAAGGAAACUACAGAGUUACAAACAAACCAUAUCCUCAGGGCGAGAUUGUUAUUGGCGGUGAUAGUGUGUCAUUGGGUUACUAUAAGCUUCCAUCGAAAACAAAAGAAGACUUUUUCGAGGAAGACGGAAAGAGAUGGUUCCAAACGGGAGAUAUUGGUGAAAUGCAUGCUGAUGGCGUACUUAAAAUAAUUGACCGUAAAAAAGAUUUAGUUAAAUUGCAAGCGGGAGAAUAUGUGUCUCUUGGAAAAGUUGAGUCGGAACUUAAAACAUGUCCUAUUGUAGAAAAUAUUUGUGUUUAUGGCGAUCCUUCAAAGCAAUAUACGGUAGCAUUGAUUGUACCUAAUCCAAAGCAUAUGGAGGAUUUAGCCGCUAAAUACGGUAUAGUUUCGAGGUCGUUUGAAGAAUUGUGUACAUCACCUGUUUUAGAAAAGGCUGUAAUAAAAGAAAUUGAAGAUCAUGGAAGGAAAUGUAAACUACAAAAAUUCGAAAUUCCUGCCGCAAUUACACUGUGCAAAGAAGUGUGGUCACCAGAUAUGGGCUUAGUAACGGCAGCAUUCAAACUCAAAAGGAAAGAUAUACAAGACAAAUAUCAACACGAUAUCAACAGAAUGUAUGCUUCGUGAAACUGACUUUAAAGAGUUAUAAUAAAAUUCAAUAUAGCCUAAAAACUUUAAUUUUAA